AUGUUUUAUAUCAGCAAGACUGUGGUGCCUGGAGAUUUUUGUGUAAAGAUUUUGUGCAAUCGGUUUGGAGUUUAUCUGAUACAAGCAUCAUCAGUUGUUAAGUAUAUUAUUAUAGAUGGAAGAACAGUUUAUGCCAAGAGGAUUGAUUUUUUUGAUGUUGUUAAAUCUGCAGUGGCUUUUGAGAAUAGCAUUGUGGUUGUUUUUAACGGAUAUAUACGACAACUGGAUGGGAAUCUUGAUGAGAGGAGCGUGCAUGUGUUUGGAAGAAGUGAUAUUGAUUAUAGGAAUCCAGGUUCAUAUGUGGCAUGUGCAAAACAAAGUAUUUGCAUUGUAUCGUUUUUUGGGCAUAUGGUGCUUUAUGGGAUUAAGGAAGGAUUGCUUGCUGAACCGAUGAAGUAUAGAAUGGGGCAAUGUGCAGCUGUAGUCCUAGACUUUAAGGCAAUUGAUAGUAAUGACAGAUAUGCCUCUCUUGAAAAAAGUUGUAAUGGAACGAUAGUUAAAGUAUAUGAGUAUGAUUGUUUUUCAAGAACAAUCAAGGUGUUGACUGAGCAUAUAGUGGAUGAUGCUGGAUAUAUGAUUGUCCCGUUGCAUGGCAUGAUAUUUGCAGUGUUUUCAAGUACAAGUGUUUUUAUUUUCAGGAGCAUUUAUAAAGUGGAAAGGUACGAUAUUUUGGAAUUACUUAGACUAUCUGGAAUUCCUGAUCUAAAUUUAUUGGUGGGUAGUGUUUUUACAUGUAAUGCAAUUGAUCCUGAUGGAAUUGAUGGAUUGGCUGUGGUUGUGAAUGAAUAUGGCCAUGUUUUUGAGGUCAGAGUUACAGAGUGUAUAGAGCUGCAUUAUGCAACCAAAAUAUGUGUGUGUAAAGAUAUAGCGAUUGAUCAUUACGGUCAUCUUGUUUGUUUAGCACAUGAUUUUAUCAAUCAAGUAUAUUUUGUUAAGAGAGAAGAAGGAAGCAUAAGCAUUAUGCAUGCAGAUGAUAUUAGUAGCAGUAUGAUCUGUAGAAGUGCGUAUAUUAUGCAUGAUGGAUUACAUCAUGUUUAUGUGUGUAACAGAACAAACGUAGGAGAGAUUGUUGAGGCAUUAUCGAUUGAUUUUGUUUGUAAAGCUAGAAUUAUUGAAGACUCUAGCCAUGAAGUUAAUGUAAAGGAAGAUUGUGAGAAUAAUGUAGUUAAAGAUGUAUUUUCAUCUGGAGAUGUGAUUUGCGUAUGUUAUAACAAUAAGAUUUGCAACAUCAAGAUGAACAAAACACAAUUUGAGAAGCAAUAUGAACUUGAUUGUGAUAAUGAAGUAGUUGGAUAUUUCAGAACCAGGAGCCAUGAUGUUUAUCUAAUGAAAGAAUCGAUGAUACUACGUGAUUUGAUAAUAGAUGAUAAAUAUGCAAAAGAACCUGAAAUAUAUGUGAAGGAAGUAAAUUAUGAGUAUUUCUGUGGAUCGUCUGAAUAUGUUAUUUUUGGAAGCAAUAGUAAGAUAUUGCUGUUUGAAGGAUCUGUUAUGGAGUGCAUUGAGAUUGGAGUGGUUGUUAAAGGAUUGGAGAUGCAUGAGAAUUAUUUAUUUGUUGUAACUGGACGACAUGUUAUACGUGUGUAUAAUAUUUCAGAGAGAAGGUUUGUGUUUAUUCAACUGCUUUUUGAGGAUAUUGAGUAUGUGAUGGCAUUUGAAGGCUAUUUGUAUGUAGUUGGAUAUUCAAUGCACAAGUUCAAAAUUAAUACGGAUGGAUCUCUUGGAUUUCCUAGCAGAAUGAAGCAUAAUGGAAAGGCGAUUGGAAGAAAGGGUAGAAUUAUGAUACUUGAGAAUGGUUGCAUAGAUGUUAGAUGUCAAAGAGUGAUCGGAGUUGAUGGGAGAAAGAGUGUGUUUGUGGAUGGAAAAGUGAUAGUAGGAGAAGGAGUAUGGCUGAGUGUUUAUGAUUACAAUGAGAAUCGAAGGAUUAUGAUUGAUUGCAUAACUCAUGUAGAUGGAGAAUGCAAGAUACUGAUGGAUGGGAUUGGAUAUGCAGAAAAUGUGAAUUUCAGGUUCAGUAUUAAGAAGUUUGAUGGAAGCAAGAUACUUGAAGGAGCUGGAGCAGUCAUUGAUGCAGCGUUAUGUGGAGAAUACUGUGUUGUUGCAGUAAAUGAUUCUGAAAAAUGUAUUAAUGAAUCUGAAGAAGGAUACCUUUUGAAUGUAUAUAAACAGGAUUCAUUGAUAUAUGGAUUUAGAAUUGAUUAUGCACCAAGUGUUCUGAGAAUAGAUAAAUGUAGAGUAUACUGUACAUCAUCUAAUGUGAUACAUUGCUAUGAGGUUGGAAUUAGGACACUUCUGAAAAAGUUCCGAAUUGAGUUUCCAUCGAAGAUUAACUGUUUAUGCACGGAUGAUUCAAGGGUUUUUGUUGGUACGGAGAAGGAUUCGGUGUUUGUCUUGAAGAAUGGAAAUAUAGAGUAUAAAGAUGAUGUUUCUCGAUUCAUAGUGUCGCUGGCAAAGUUUGAUAAAGACAAACUGAUUGUUGGUGAAAUGACUGGUGAAAUGAUGAUUAUGAAGUUAUUCGAAAAUCAUGCAUUAGUGGUUGCAUCGAUAUUUGUGAAUGACAUACCGAUCAUGUUUAUACCUGGAGAGUAUGUACUUGCAGUGUGUCUGAGUGGAAAGGUGAUUGAGAUACAGGAAGUAGACAAGGAGUUGUUUGGCUUUUUGCAGAAGGUAGAAGAUCAAAUUUCGGUGCUUUCUGAAAAAUCUUUUUUUGAAGCAUUUAAUAAAACAAGAUUUGUUGAUGCAGACUAUCUGAAGCAGGUUUAUGAUAUGAAUGAUAAGGGAAUGUGUGAUAUUUACAAGAACAGAGAGUUUGAUGUAGAACGAGCUUUUGAUGUAAUUAGUAGAUUCUAG